AAAAGAUUUUGAGCCGCCUGUACAGAGGAAACAGAGGAAUGACAGAGUGUGACUGCGGGUUGAAGCAGUGAGCAAGGUAUUAUGCCAUGACCAUUCAUGUACAUUACAGAACGAUAAAGUCUUAUUAUUAUUUUAUUAUUGCUAGAUCUUUUGUGUUGCUGCACUCCGAUAUAAGUUUUGACACACCGGUAAGCUACUCAUUAAUAUGAGUAGAAGCAUGUUAAACUUGUCCAUUAACCAAGAUUUAAAUAGGUUAAGAUUUAAUAUUUAAUUUUCGUGUUACUAUUUUGGUAUUGUGAUAUGAUUUAGGUUUUGUCCUUUCGUUAUGUUCGUUGAUUUCGUAGUCUGGUUAUUAUUUUAAAUAUGAGAUGUAAUCAUGUUAAUAAUCUGGGAUUGUUAUUACUGUCAAACAUAUAUAUUUAAAUCAUUUUUUAUAUAUUAGUUGUAUAAUAAUAUAUAUUAAUUAAUUAGAACUUACUAAGAUAUUUAAGUGUUAGCUGUGCUGCAACAUUAUUUUUGUACAUAUUCAUAUUGAGAAUAUAUUUUUAUAUUUUAUUUACGUAACUCUGGAGUGUAACUUUGGAGUUUAGGUAAUUUGCAUGCAUGACAUAAUUGUCGUCGUGAUUUUACUUUAUGCAUAAAUAUGAGAGUGCUAUCCUAUUAUUAUACAAAGGAAUGGACGUGACAGACUAUUAAAUUCUUUUAAAGUGAGUACUGUGAUGUGUCAUUUUUCGGUAAUUAAAAUUAAAAUAUUAUAAUGUUUUAUAUCUAGAUCAAGGGCAUUAAUUUGGCAGACUGUUUCGGAUUUGUGUUAGUGCUAGAGUUCGCUAUUUUCGAGGAUGCCGCCUAGAAGAGAUACCUCGAGAGGACAACAAAUAGUGAUGGAUAGGGAGACUUUCUUGGACAUGGUUAGGGAAGUUGCGAAUCAACAAAGACAGAACCCUGGCGCUAAUAAUGUGCCAAAUCAAGAAGGUCAAACUAUGUUCGACCGUUUUAUGAAGCAAAGGCCUAACUGUUUCAAGGAAGCCAAACACCCUAUGGAUGCUGAGGCUUGGAUCGAUCACAUGGAGAAGAUAUUUCGUGUACUAAAUUGUUCUGAGGAAGAGAAAGCUCGCUUUGGUGUUUACCGUCUUGAAGGGGAUGCUGGCACAUGGUGGAAAUCAGUGGUGGCUUCCCAUCCGGCUGGAUAUGAGGACACUCUCACCUGGAAUGUGUUUAAGGCGCAAUUUGAUCAGAGAUAUUUUCCUGCUAGUGUUCGUGAGGAGUAUGCUCGAGAAUAUCAGAGUAUAGCUCAGGGAGAAGACGAGUCAGUAGCCGAUUUUCAGGUUCGAUUUCAGAGAUUGGCUGGUUAUGCCCGAUCUAUUGCUGGGAACGAGCAAGAUAAAAUUAUGAAGUUUAAAUGGGCUUUGAAGGAUACUGUACGCAACCAUAUCAUUUCUAAUCGCUACGCUACUAUGGAUAGUUUGGUGGACAGUGCUAGGGAUCAGGAGCUUCAUCAGGUUGACUGUGCCAAACGUCUUGAGGUUCAGAAUCAGAAAAGAAAGAGAGGUGAUGACACAACCAAGGAAACACAAGAUUUUCAGAAAAACGGAGAAUCUUCAGAUGUAUUCACGCAAACUGAUCGUAGAUACAACACUCGAAAUUUUUAUCAGGGUAAAGGGAACCAAGAAAAAGGACAAAAUGGAUCAUCUAACAAGUAUCAGGGUGAAGAAAAAUCUCGUUGUAGGCAUUGUGGGAAGACCCAUGGCGGAAGUACAUGUCAUUGGACUACUGGCGCUUGUUUUAGAUGUGGAAAACAAGGCCACACUAUUCGAGACUGCAAGAAAUCGUUUAAUCAGCGCGAUGAUCAAGAUGGACAGAUGAAAAAGAAUGCUAUAAAUGAAUAA